AGGAGCGAGCUAGAUAAUUGAAAACAGGCACAUCGUUCAGUCAGCUGACCUGUCUUGUGAUAGCAGGCUCGAUUGCGAAGCUUGACUCGCUGUAGUAGGCUGGACUUACCUCGAUACGUUUCUCGUCUCAGGAAACCAAAGAUUUUUGCAGAAAAGACUGGCGCGUAUAGUAUCGAUCGUGCCAGUUUGAAUGCGCCAUCGUUUUUCGAUCCGGACAUGAAUUUGUAUGUUUUAAUCGAUGUCCACGAUUAAACGGGAUCACCGAUAUCGUAUAUAAUUACACGGAAAACGAGCUAAGCUGUUCUAUUUGACGACAAAAUACAUCAAUUGGAUUCGACAUUCUUAUUAAGUGAGCAGACGUCUCGCGGGCUUAAAGAGGGCUACGCCUACUUUUUAAAUGAACUGCUCACGUGAAUUUUCUGAUGAAUGGAUGCGUUAGCUGACAUCAACUUUCUCGCCGAUUUUCGUCGUCGUAAUUGACUUAGGCCGCGUUUGUUCGUCGAUUUUACUUGAAUAACAAUUUACAAUGUCGAGCCAAGGGUUAUCAAAAAUUAGUAAUGAAGAGAGAGAAUCCAAAUUUGGCUAUGUAUAUGCUGUAUCUGGUCCUGUGGUUACAGCUGAGAAAAUGUCGGGAUCAGCCAUGUAUGAGCUGGUUAGGGUAGGAUACUAUGAAUUAGUAGGAGAAAUUAUUCGUUUAGAAGGUGAUAUGGCCACUAUUCAGGUGUAUGAAGAAACCAGUGGUGUAACUGUAGGUGAUCCUGUCUUACGUACUGGAAAACCAUUGUCUGUAGAACUUGGUCCUGGUAUACUUGGCAAUAUCUUUGAUGGUAUUCAGAGACCAUUGAAGGAUAUCAAUGAGCUUACAAGCUCUAUUUACAUCCCAAAGGGUAUUAAUGUACCAGCAUUGUCAAGAAGCACUGUUUGGGAAUUUAGCCCAUGUAAUAUAAAAAGUGGCAGCCAUAUUACUGGUGGAGAUUUGUAUGGUGUGGUUUAUGAGAACACAUUAGUAAAGCACAGAAUGAUCUUACCUUCAAAAAGUAAGGGAACUGUAACUUAUGUUGCACCUGCUGGCAACUAUACAGUAUCUGAUGUUAUUUUGGAAACAGAAUUUGAUGGUGAAAAACACAAAUAUACUAUGCUUCAGGUAUGGCCUGUACGUCAACCUCGUCCAGUUACUGAAAAAUUACCAGCUAAUCAUCCUUUGCUUACUGGUCAACGAGUCCUGGACUCACUUUUCCCAUGCGUUCAAGGAGGCACUACAGCAAUUCCGGGUGCUUUCGGUUGCGGUAAAACUGUAAUUUCGCAAGCUUUAUCGAAGUAUUCAAACUCCGAUGUUAUUGUUUAUGUCGGUUGUGGAGAACGUGGUAAUGAAAUGUCUGAAGUAUUGCGUGACUUCCCCACAUUAACAGUGGAAAUUGAUGGAGUCACUGAGUCUAUCAUGAAACGUACAGCUUUGGUUGCUAAUACGUCAAACAUGCCUGUAGCUGCUCGCGAAGCAUCCAUUUACACAGGCAUUACUCUAUCAGAGUAUUUUAGAGAUAUGGGUUACAAUGUAUCCAUGAUGGCUGAUUCAACAUCUCGUUGGGCAGAAGCUCUUCGUGAAAUUUCGGGUCGAUUGGCUGAAAUGCCUGCUGAUUCCGGUUAUCCGGCCUAUCUCGGAGCUCGUUUAGCUAGCUUUUAUGAACGUGCAGGAAGAGUGAAAUGUUUAGGUAAUCCUGAUCGUGAAGGUUCUGUCAGUAUAGUAGGUGCUGUAUCACCACCAGGUGGUGAUUUCUCUGAUCCUGUUACUAGUGCAACCCUGGGUAUCGUGCAGGUAUUCUGGGGUCUCGAUAAGAAACUCGCACAACGAAAACACUUCCCAUCCAUUAACUGGCUUAUUUCAUACAGUAAAUAUCUUCGAGCUUUAGACGAUUUCUACGAUAAAAAUUUCGCGGAGUUUGUUCCUUUGAGAACGAAAGUGAAGGAAAUCUUGCAGGAAGAGGAGGAUUUAUCAGAAAUUGUACAGUUAGUCGGUAAAGCUUCUCUUGCUGAGACAGAUAAAAUCACCUUAGAAGUUGCAAAACUUCUAAAAGACGAUUUCUUGCAACAAAACAGUUAUUCAACAUACGAUCGUUUCUGUCCAUUCUACAAAACUGUCGGAAUGUUACGAAACAUGAUUGCAUUCUAUGAUAUGGCAAGGCAUGCAGUCGAGUCUACGGCACAAUCAGACAAUAAAAUAACGUGGAAUGUCAUUAGGGAUAGCAUGUACAAUAUUCUCUAUCAGUUGAGUUCUAUGAAAUUCAAGGAUCCAGUGCAAGACGGCGAAGCAAAGAUCAGAGCUGAUUUUGAUCAGUUAUAUGAAGAUAUUCAACAGGCAUUUAGAAAUUUAGAAGAUUAAUUAUCAGAAACAUUCAUACAAACAUAAGUUCUCUACAUUCAGGAACCUUAUGCUGGUCAUUUAAGGAUGUCCUGGAUCUACUAAAAAAAAUAUAUGGAACAUUCAUAAUCACGUACCGCACAUUAAACUGUUAUAUUAGUUUUCAAUAAUUACAAGAAAAUUGUAUAUAUAAAAAGUGUUACAAAUAUAAAAACUACAAUAAUUUUAUGUGUUUAAUCUAACAUUUAAACAGAAAAUUAUACGUGAUGGCUGAAUCACUAAGGUUAUAGGACGUCCUUAAAUGUAUUCCAGCUUCUAUAAGUAUUUAUAUAUUAAGUGCUAUACCAAGCUACUUCAAAUCCUUGAAAUGAAGUUAUAUGUAAUUAAUUUAAAUUGUUGGAAAAAAAAAGAUGAGAUGCCUGGCGACUCAAGCUUCCGAUUUUAUUUGCUGUAAAUGAAAUUUAAUCAUGGAAGGAUCAGUGUAAAGAAACUGUCAUAUGUAUGUAAAAUGAGAGUAAAUGCAUCAUAAGAAGCUUUCCAUUCAUCCUUGUAUGUUGUUCUUUUAAAAAGAAAAAACAUAAUCAUUCUGUAUUUUGUUGUAUCAUGGGAUGAAAUGGUAGCUUUUUACAAAGGAAUGGAAUUUCAAUUAAAGAGUAUUAAAUAUUGUAUUAUAAUAGUAUAUUAUGUAAAUGUCGCGUUAAGUGACGAAUGCAGACGUUACAUAAAAGUAGAUGUUAUUUUAAAUGUUGAAACCGUUGAAAUAUGGUCUGAAAGUUUAAAAAAAGGGUGUCAAAAUGUUAGAACUGUUGAGGUGCAGGAUCUUUUAUCGUUGAAAACAAAGUAUAAAGAAAGACGCAUCGUAAACAGUGUUCCAGUAACUUCGACAUUUCCAUUGUACCAUAUGUAAAAAACAAAUAAACAUUAUGCAUAAAAAGGCCAAA